AUGGCAUCAUCAAUAGGACCAUGGUUGGGUGGUGGACGGCGUACAGAUAUGGGUUUUGUAAGCCCAUUUUCAUCUGAUGCAUGGGAUCCAUUGGGCCUGGGCUUUGGUGGUGAAUUGGGCUUUGGUAGUGGAUUGGGCUUCAAGCGUGGUGGUGACGAUGAUGUUUCUGCUUUGGCCCACGCAAGUGUGGAUUGGCGUGAAGCUGAUCAAGCUCAUAUUUUUCGUGUUGAUAUUCCUGGUGUGAAGAAGGAAGAUCUAAAGGUGCAAAUUGAAGAUGACAACAUACUGGAGAUUAGCGGUGAAAGAGUUAAAGAGGAAGAAAAAGGGGAUGACAAGUGGCACCGCGUGGAGCGAAUUGGCUGA